GGAAACAGUGUGGGGGGGACCCUGUAGACAGACUGCAGUGGCCACACAGUGUACGGACAGGGGCCUGGGACCAACAGGGACAGGAUAGGGAGAUCAACCCCAGAUCCGAGAGCUAGAGCAGGGGGCAAGACAGACAGGGAGGGAAGGGUGAGGAGAGAGACGGAGAGAGAAAGCAGAAAGAGCGAGAAAGAGACUGACUCAUAGGAAAAAAGAAAGAGAGAUAGACAGGGACAGAGACACAGAGAGAAAGGGACGGAAACCCAGAGGGGGGGACAGAGACCCAGAGAGAGGGGGACAGAGACCCAGAAAGAGAGGUGGACAGAGACCCAGAGAGAGGGAGGGACAUUGACUCAGAGGAAGGGGGACAUAGACUCAAAGAGAAGGGGACAGGGACCCAGAGAGAGGAGAACGGAGAUCCAGAAAGAGAGGGGGACAAAGAACCAGAGAGAGAAACAUUGACUCGGUGAGGGGGGAGGGCAAAGAGAGAGGGACAGAGACCCAGAGAGAGGGAAACAGAGACCUAGAGAGAGUGGGAAAGAGACGCAGUGUGAGACAGAGAGAAAGACAGGGAGAGGGAAAGAGACUCAUGUAGAAGAAAAGAGACACAGAGAGGUUAGAGAGCAGGGAACAGAAGGUGAAAGGGAGCAAAAGAAAUAAACAGGGCAACACAGAGACACAGAGGGUGAUAGAAAAGAGAAGAAUCGAAUAGAGAGAGAGGAGUCCGGAGAGAGAGUUCAAGCUGGGCAGAUUCAGACAAAUCCAGAGGGAGACCAAGGCAGACCUUCCCAAGUCUUAGGCCUUGGUUCCGCUGGGCAAGGGCUGCAGAGACUAGGUGCAGUGGGGCUCAGUCAGGCUGGUUGUUUUUUGGGGCGCCCAGACAAAGAGUGCCUGCCCAGGAGACCUUGAGAUGGAGCUCAGGGACCCUGAGACCCCUGAGGAUGGGGACGCAGAGGAGGACACAGCCAUGACCCUCCAGCGCCUAGUGGAGCUGACAGCCGCCAGGGUGACCCCAGUGCGGAGUCUUCGUGUCCAGUACCGCCUCAUCCGCAAGCUCGGCUCUGGCUCCUAUGGCCGCGUGCUCCUUGCCCGGCCUCACCAAGGGGGCCCAGUGGUGGCACUGAAGCUCUUGCGUCGAGACUCAGUGUUGAGAACCACCUUCCUGAGAGAGUUCUGCGUGGGCCGCUGUGUCUCCUCACACCCAGGCCUGCUCCAGACCCUGGCGGGCCCCCUGCAGACCUCCCGAUAUUUCGCCUUCGCCCAGGAGUACGCGCCCUGCGGGGAUCUCAGCGGGAUGCUCCAGGAAAGGGGCCUUCCAGAGCUGCUGGUGAAACGGGUGGUGGCCCAGAUUGCUGAAGCCCUGGACUUCCUCCAUGGCCGGGGGCUGGUCCACUCAGACGUCAAGCCAGACAAUGUCUUGGUCUUUGAUCCGUCCUGCAGCCGGGUAGCCCUGGGCGACUUGGGUCUGACCCGUCCAGAGGGCAGCCCAACCCCUGCCCCACCGGGUCCACUGCCCUCCGUGCCUCCAGAGCUCUGCCUUCUUCUGCCACCUGACACCCUGCCCCUGCGGCCAUCCCUGGACUCCUGGGGCCUGGGAGUGCUUCUCUUCUGUGCUGCCACUGCGUGUUUCCCUUGGGAUGUGGCACUGGCCCCUGAUCCUGAGUUCGAGGCCUUUGCUGGCUGGGUGACAACCAGGCCCCAGCCACCUCAGCCACCACCACCCUGGGACCAGUUUGCACCCCCAGCCCUGGCAUUGCUUCAGGGGCUCCUGGACCUGGACCCUGAGACAAGGAGCCCCGCUCUGGCUGUCCUGGACUUCCUGGGGGAUGAUUGGGGGCUGGAGGGGAAUAGAGAGGGGCCAGGGGGCUUGGGGAUUCUAUCCAAUGAGGAUGGGGAGGAGGAAGAGGGAGGAUCAAGCUUGGAGGAGUGGACAGAUGAGGAGGACAGCAAAAGCGGUGGGAGGAAGGGGACAGAUGGGGAAGCUCCCUAACCAGGUGAAUAAGACCAGUAGCCGGAGCUGAGGUCAAAGGCCUCUCCCUCACCCAAAUAGCCACCUGGUUAAGAGAGACAACUAGCUACUCAGGGAGAUCAGAAGGGACACACUGGACUCUCCCUACUGAGAGCUGGACACUGGUGUACAAUUCCCCUUCUAAAUGAGGUCCUGGGAGUCCAGGCCCUCAGCCUCUCUUCCCUCAGACUCAGGAGUCCUGACCCCCCAGCUCCCUCCUCUCUCACGCACAGGAAUCGGGGCCUUCAACUCCCUCAGAUUCAGGAGUCCAGGCCCCCAGCUCCUCCUCCCUUAGACCCAGGAGUCCAAGCCCAUCCUCCCUCAAAGACACUUCCUUUUCAUUCUGUCCUGAGUGUGUCUUCUUGAAAGGAGACUGUUCCCCCCUCAUAGAUAAGUUUUGGUUCUGUGGGGACAUGUGGAAUGCUUAUCAUGGAUUUCGGAUGGAAUCACUCCUCUCCUCUGAGACCCUGGGUGACCCCCACUGUCUAGGGUCUAAAAUCUGAACUUUAUGAAUCCGAUACCACGUAAAUCUCACUGUCCUCUUCUCUGGGUGACAUUGGGAGACUCAUUCACCUUUUUUAGAUCUUAGUCUACAUACACACACAUACACAC